AUGAAGUCCUCAAUCUUCCUUGCAACUGCUGGUGCGGCACUGGCUUUGGCCAACCCGCUUGACAAGCGCGUGCUAGAGACCGAGGUCGUUGUGGAAUACUACACUGUCACCGUUACCGGAAAUGCUCCUGAGCCCACGAACCAUCACAAGUACCGGCCUCAUCCUCACCCCACCAAAGAAGAGACACCCGUUGAGGAGCCUGAAACUACUGUCGUUGAGACGACGAAGGCUGAGCCCACCACCACCUCAGUGCCUGUUGUUUAUGUUACUGUAACUCCUGAAGAGACCAAGGAGCCAGAGCCGACUACCACUGCCAAGCCUUCAACUGUCGUCGAUACCCCGGCCCAAGCCAGUGACUCGGGUUCAACGGAGGGCGACUCGUUUGAAUCCGUGGCGGUCUACCACCACAACAUCCACCGAUCUAACCACUCUUCUCCUGAGGUUACCUGGAACGCAGAGAUUGCCGGAUAUGCUGCCAACACUGCUGCGACUUGCAAAUUCGCUCAUGAUAUGAGCCAAGGUGGCGGUGGCUAUGGUCAGAACAUUGCCUUGUGGGGUGUGAGCUCUGGCGCCGAAGAGCUGGGCGCUGCUGGUGCCGUCAAGAUGGCCACCACCAACAUGUGGUACGAUGGUGAAUUUAACAGCUUCCUACCCUCCUACUACGGACAGCCCACUCCCGACAUGACCAACUUCGAGGCUUGGGGUCACUUGAGCCAAGUCGUUUGGGCUGGUACCACCAGCGUCGGCUGCCAUGCUCAGUUCUGCCCUCGUGGUACGGCUUACAGCAACUUGGACUCCUGGUUCACAGUCUGCAACUACUCUCCCCCAGGCAACAUUGGUGGUGCUUAUGGCAAGAACAUCAACAAGCCCAAGGGUGAUGCUUCAGUUGUCGUCUAA